GUGCUGGAAAGUUUCAAGAUCAUGGACUAUAGCCUCCUGUUGGGAAUCCACAUCCUGGACCAUUCCCUCAAAGAGAGAGAAGAGGAGACCUCACAAAAUGUGCCUGAUGCCAAGCGGCCUGGGAUGCAGAAGGUCCUCUACUCAACAGCCAUGGAAUCUAUCCAGGGUCCAGGGAAAUCCGGAGAUGGGAUCAUCACGGAGAACCCGGACACAAUGGGAGGCAUUCCAGCCAAAAGCCAUAAGGGAGAAAAACUACUUUUAUUUAUGGGCAUUAUUGACAUUCUGCAAUCAUAUAGGUUAAUGAAGAAGUUAGAACAUUCCUGGAAAGCUCUUGUUUAUGAUGGGGACACUGUUUCAGUUCAUAGACCAAGCUUUUAUGCAGACAGAUUUCUAAAGUUCAUGAAUUCCAGAGUUUUCAAGAAAAUUCAAGCUUUGAAGGCCUCACCUUCUAAGAAACGGUGCAAUUCCAUCGCCGCCUUAAAGGCGACCUCCCAGGAGAUUGUGUCUUCAAUUAGCCAGGAAUGGAAGGAUGAGAAGCGAGAUUUGCUGACUGAGGGACAAAGUUUUAGCAGCCUCGAUGAAGAAGCCCUGGGAUCCCGACACAGGCCAGACCUGGUGCCUAGCACUCCAUCACUGUUUGAAGCUGCUUCCUUGGCAACCACAAUUUCAUCUUCUUCCUUAUACGUCAAUGAGCACUAUUCACAAGACAGGGCUACGCUCUAUUCAAACAGCCAAGGGUUACCUUCCAGUUCAACAUUUACCUUGGAAGAGGGGACCAUCUACUUGACUGCUGAGCCCAACGCCCUGGAAACGCAGGAUGAUAAUGCUUCUGUGCUUGAUGUCUAUUUAUAAGUGAAAACGGGGACCGCCUAAGCACGUGGAUGAGACACAGUUGUGAAACAGAAGUUUCUUCACUCCAGAACCACCUAUAGGAACUAGGCUGUGCCCCGUCACACAGAGAAAUCAUCAGCUAGACUUAGGAGUUUGUGAGACAUCGGGGAAGACUUGGUUCAGGCUGAUCAGCAGAUGGGAUGUGAAAAAUACCACCAUAUUCUGUCAUUUGCUGUUGCUUGCUAAACUGUGAAGAACUGCAUGAACUCUAUUUAAGCUGCUUUCUAUACCAUUGCCAAUCACCUUUUUGGACUUGGAAGUACUAUUUUCCUAUGGACUCCUGCAUUAUUUCAUUUUGCAUGCACCCUGUGAUUUCACAUAAGCAACAUAUGUAAUCUGCUUCUAUGUUUUUUAAAAACCCAUCCAUGCAAAAUGGUAAAUAAAAUAUAAAUUCUGCUUUUUUGCAAAAUUGUAAUCAUAGCCCAUGUCAUUGAAAGUUUAAAUUUGGUUUCACUUAAAGAUCAGUGUCAUAGGUCUGCUAUACUUUAUAGAAAACUAGCUUCUAUAAAGAUUUUUUCACUGUUUACUAGUGAAAUGAGAAAAGCAAAGCUAUUUAUAAAAGGCCUUAUGUCGUGUACAUACAUUGUCUUUGAAAUAUUUGUGAUUUAGUUUAUUGCUUGUAAAAGAGAAAUAUAAUUUAUUUAGUAAAUACUACUGUAAACUAUAGUUUUAUUGAGAGAAAUAAAAUAUUUUGUUCUCAAUGAUGGUGAUACAUUGAUACCAA